CGCAUCAAAGAAAUGGAUAGAUACUGCUGCUAUUAUUGGUGGACAACUAUUCCUUGUUGUCAUAUCAAGAAGAUGAAACUUGCAGACUUCUCCUUAAAUUCAAAAUCAACAUUGUUCACUUUAUCCAUGGCAUCAAUGAUAUUGUGGGAAGAAUUGACAAUAAAAAAAUGUGAUGGAUUGAAGCACUUGGUAACCAACGAUGAAGAUGAUUAUAAAGAUCAAAAAAACUAUAGUUCCAUUUUCCCAAACUUGAAAAAGCUAAAAAUCAAGGAGUGUAAUGACAUGGAUUUUUUAUUUCCAUCCACAAUAUCAUUAGAAAUUAAAAAUUUGAGGUCUUUGAUGAUUAGAGAUGCUCCUAAACUAACACAUAUUGUUGGGUAGUACCAUCAUGAGGAUCUUUCAGCAAAUCAAAAUCAACAAAAUGAGCAGCACUUUGAUCUUCCUACUUUGGAGUUCCUCUGCUUUAAAGGUGUGCCAAGUAUGAUAAGCAUUUGUGUCCAGAAUUAUUAUUUCUUGGUAUCGCCAUCUCUUCAUACUAUUUUUUUGGACAAUUGUGGCAUCAUAUCUUUUACUGAUUUGAUCAUUUGUCCAAGUGAAGAAUGCUUGAAUUGGGAAAUCACAAAGGAAACAAACGUAUCCAGAGAUGGAGUCACCAACUUACAAGCAGUCCAAGGCCCAUUAACUCAAUCAUUGAAAAAUAUAAAGGAUAUGAAACUCCAAAACUGUUCAAAGCUUAUAUCAUUGUUCACUCUACCGACUGCCUCAACGAUUUUGUUAGAAAAUUUGACAAUCCAAAGUUGUCACCAACUGAAGUACAUUGUAGAAGUUGAAGAUAAUGCUCAUGUUUCCACGAAAUGCCGCUCCAUUUUUCCAACUUUAAAGAAUCUAGAAAUUGAUGAUUGCAAAGGGUUGGGAUUUUUAUCUCCUUCCUCAUUACCAUUAUCUGUGCAACUUAAGAGUCUCAAAUCUUUGACUAUCAAGGGUGCUUCUGAGCUAAAAUGUGCUAUUGGGAAAUACGAGCAUGAGGAUCAUUUAUCCAGUCAAAAUCAACAUCAUGAGAUGCACUUUGAUCUCCCAGCUUUAGAGUUCCUUUGCUUUCAAGAUGUCCCUAAUAUGGGGCUAGAUUUAUCCACAAAUGCAAUUCAUCGAGCUUUUCAAGCUACUCAAAGCCUCACUAUGCAAUCCUUGAUCAACAUUAAGAAGAUGGAACUCUUGAAUUGUGACAACUUAAUAUCAUUGUUUGCUCUACAUGAUGCCCCAAUCCUUUCCUUGGAAGAACUGACAAUCAUAACAUGUCAUCAACUAAAAUGCAUUGUAGUAGAUGAGGGAGGUCUUACAACUCAUAUGAAUCACAAAUCCAUCUUUCCAAAGUUGAAAUGACUAGAAAUUUUAAAAUGCAAUGCAAUGGAAUAUGUGUUGGGAAGUAGCUCUCAUGAUGACAAUUUAUCUCAUCAUAAUCAAAAUAUCAAAACUUGCAUUGAUUUUCCUGCUCUGGAAAAUCUAAGGAUAUAUGAUGUGCCAAAACUUGUUAGCUUGUGUCCUAAGAACUUUUGUUUGAGAGGGUUAUCUUUGGAGGCCAUUCACUUGGAUAUUGAUAGUACUUCUAUGUUUAGCA